CUAGCUCUGACCCUGGGUGGUGGUCUCAAAUCCACCAAGGAACCCUGAUGCAUGCAUCCCUGCCUUGGGGCAGGGUUAACACUGCUGCAUGGGGCUCACUAGGGCUCUGUUUCCUCUUUUUCCUCCUCAAACAGCUCAGCAGCAGGAUGAGUCCAGCAUUCUGGGCAGCAUCCCUACGUGAGCACCCAGUGUGCACAGCUGCACCCUCCGUGCCCUGCUUUGGCUGCUGGGGAUGCCCACGUCCUGCAGCCGCUCUGUGCCUGCUGUUCCUCUUCUUUCCCGACCAGAUCUGGGAUGAACCCUGCUCAAACCCGGCCCUGCUGCCUCGUGUGGCUCUUCCAACCCUUGUUGCAUUCCCCAGUUGCAGCCCAGCGGCUCACCCUGCUGCUCACAUGCACCUGCACUGACCCAGGGUGGCUGCCACCAGUGUCCCUGUGGCACAGCAGAAGGGUUUGCUGGAUCCAGGCACACUUCAGCCUCCUCUGCGCUGAGGAUUUGAUGCCUGCAUCUUGCCCCGCUGCACGAGCUUAGAGCCGAAGGAUGCAUUUCUCAGCUUCUUGGUGAGGACCCAGGGCAAAGGAUACCAGAAGUGUACCUGCGCAGGAAAUUGAAAGUGUUGUGGCUUCCUUCCUCUGACAUAAAUAGCUCUUGCCCUAAAACUUACAUCUCAGCUCCAGUGCUGGUUGGAGGAGAUGCUGAAGCACUGCGAGCCCUGUUCCCUGUGCAUCCAGUUCCCUGUGUGCCAUGCCAGUGCUGUUCCUCCUACUCCUUGCUGUCUUGCUCUCUGUAUUGCGUUGGGCUUGAGUUAUUUUUACCUUUUUUUUUGUGACCAAAUCUGGCUUCCAUCCCCAGCCUUGGACCUCGGCCAGCGCUUGCCAAAGGGGUUUCCUUCUCUGCAGCCUGCAGAAAGGCCUUGAUUAAAGGGCAGAUCCCCUUGAGGAGUCACUGGGUAUUGUGGGAGCCGAGGCUUUUGUCUCAGCAAUUCCACAUCAAGCAAAGCACCGCUUGUGAGCCCCGAGCUCCUCCCUGGGGGGUUAUGAGUCAAGCUGGGCUCUCGCUGUGUUGCACGCAGCAAUUAAAAUAAGAAGGAGGAGGAAAAAAAAAAAAAGGGGCUGAGCUGGAACGCUGUUGACAGCACAGCAGCGACCCAGAGCUAAGCAAGGCUGCUGCAACCUGGAGGGAUUGAAGCAAAGGGGACGGAGCGCCGGCUGCUGGGUGGGAUGCUGCUCGCAGCUGCCUCGUGCACCUGGGGACGGUGACACUGGGGACCCCAGAGAUGCUGUGGGCACCGGAGCAGGGCUGCCAGCGUCCAAACCGGUUGGGAACGCUCUCCUCGGCUUGUGCAAACGGUUGGUAAUUGAGGGAGAGGUUUAUGUAAUCGUUUGAUCUCUCCUCUGCUUCCCUUGGCACGGAGGCAACAUCCUCUCGUGCUGAUGUAACGAGCCGGCGCAGGGAAGGCGAGGCGUCCUGCGUGCUGCUCGGGGCUCCUCACCCACCUGCUCCGGGUGCAGGGAGAGCUGCCAGAGCCUCAGCAAAGGCCUGGGAGCACUGCUGGAGGGCGGUGGUGCUGAGGCUAGACGGCUGUCUCCUUCUGGAGCCUGCACUGCAGGAGGAGAUGGUGCUGUCGGAGGACGCCGGCGUGCCGGAGUUUGGGCACGGCACAAGGACUCGCUUGCUUGGAGCUGCUGAGCAUCACCUGCUUUCGUCUCCUCCUGCGAGGCUCGGUGGUGUUUAAGGCUUCUCCAGUAUCUCGCCCCUUCUCCAGCUGCUGUGGGAUCCGUGCCUGCAAGGUGAGGAGAUGCACGAUGCUGCGGGCUGUACAGCAGACCCCGUCCAGGCUGUGAUACCAGCUGCUGUGACCCCGUGCACCUCGCCGCGGGUGCCCCAGGCCGUCCCCAUGGACCUACGCAUCGGGCAGCGCGUUGUCAAGCCCGGCUCCGACACGGCCUUGCUGGCCCUGAAGCACACGCAGCAGCUGCAGCACCAGCUCUUCCUCGCCAGCCUGCACCAGCAGCAAGUGGAGCAGCUCGCCCACCAGCACGUCAGGGUGACCAUGGAGGCCCCGCACCGUGAGGCAGAGCCUGGGCAGCAGGAGCAGGAGCUGCGGCAGAUCCUCAAUAAGGACAAGAGCAAACGAAGUGCUGUGGCCAGCACAGUGGUGAAGCAGAAACUGGCUGAGGUCAUCCUGAAGAAGCAGCAGGCAGCAGCUUUGGAAAGAACCAGCAACCCCAACCCUCCUGCUAUGCCAUACAGGUCUCUGGAGCCUCUGGAUCCUGAGGGCCCUUCCCCUCCUGUACUCAGCACCUUCCUGUCCCCGGUCCCUAGCACCUCUCUUGACCCCCCCGAGCAUUUUCCACUGCGGAAGACAGCAUCCGAGCCCAACCUGAAGGUGCGUUGCAAGCCCAGGAAGUGCCUGGACCGCCGCAAGAACCCCCUGAUGCGGAAGGAGAGCGCUCCCCCCUCUCUGAAGAGGAGACCACCUGAGACCAUUGAUUCCUCCCCAAGCAGCAGCAGCACCCCCGUGUCCGGCUGCAGCUCUCCCAACGACAGCCUCCCUGCCGAGCACGGAGCCCUCCCCUCUGCCUCCAGCAUGGCCCACGAGGCACCCCUGGCCCAGCGCCUGAUGAUGCAGGAGAGCUCCCUGGCCCAGUUUGCCCUGCAGAGCGCAGCCUCCCUUCCGGCCAUCACGCUGGGAUUGCCGGCCACCACUAGCGCCAGGGGAGAUGCGGAUCGUCGCCCUCUCUCUGGCUUGGCGCACCGGGUGCCUGUGCUGAACGGGCCUGUCCUCACAGGGACACACUCACCCAUGUUCAUCCCAGCUGGCUUGGAACAGCACGAGGCUGGGAACCCCUUGUCCCCUCGGCUCCAGCCCGUCAUCAUCCUCGAGCCCUCAGUCACCCACGCUCCACUUGUGGCAGUGCCAGGUCUGGGGACAGUCCCCUUCUCCUUCGCCCCGUCGCUUAUCUCUGCAGAGCGCCUGUCGCUCCCAGGCCACCACAAACCACUGGGCAGGACCCGCUCGGAGCCCCUGCCCCAGAACCCCAAGGCCAUCCAGCAGCAGCUGGUGUACCAGCAGCAUCACGCCCAGUUCCUAGAGAGGCUCAAGCAGCAGACGCACCUGGGCAAGCGCAUGGCCAAAACCAGCGAGAAGCCCCGGCUGCGACAGAUCCCUUCCUCAGAGGACAUGGAGGCAGAGGGGACAGAGGCUGGGGCUGAGAGCAGCGAGCAGGCGAGGGCACGCGUGGAGCCCGCACGGCCAGGGAGCAGCGGGAAGGAGCCUGAGAGGCCUCAGAAGAUGCUGCAGCCUCAGGAGGAGCUCGUCCUCCAGCAGGCCUAUCUCUGGGACCCCUACCAGCGUGUGCAGCACCAGCUCCUCAAGCGGCAGCCCCUGGCUGACUCCCCCAUGGUCCCGACCAUCCUCUCUGGGCACAGACCUCUCUCCAGGGCACAGUCAUCUCCUGCCACCGCGACUGUCUCCCUCCCUGCCCAGGACACGACCUCCAAGGCGCUCUCCCUGCCGGUGCAGGAGCAGACCACCAAGCCCCACUUCACAACAGGGCUGGUUUAUGACUCGGUGAUGCUCAAGCACCAAUGCUCCUGUGGCGACAACAGCAACCACCCAGAGCACGCGGGUAGGAUUCAGAGCAUCUGGUCCCGGCUGCAGGAGAGGGGUCUGCGCAGCCAGUGCGAGUGUCUGCGGGGACGCAAGGCCACCCUGGAGGAGCUGCAGUGUGUCCACACCGAACGCCACGUCUUCCUCUACGGCACCAAUCCCCUCAACCGCCUGAAACUGGACAAUGGGAAGCUGGCAGGGAUUCUGUCGCAGCGGAUGUUCGUCAUGCUGCCCUGCGGAGGGGUGGGGGUGGACAGCGAUACCAUCUGGAAUGAGCUGCACUCCUCCAACGCAGCCCGCUGGGCCGCGGGCAGCGUCACCGAGCUGGCCUUCAAAGUGGCCAGCAGGGAGCUGAAGAAUGGUUUUGCUGUGGUGCGGCCGCCCGGACAUCACGCGGAUCCAUCCACUGCCAUGGGGUUCUGCUUCUUCAACUCGGUGGCCAUUGCCGCCAGGCAGCUGCAGCAGAAAGGGAAACUCAGCAAGAUCCUCAUUGUGGACUGGGAUGUUCACCACGGCAACGGGACCCAGCAGAUCUUCUACAGAGACCCCGAUGUUCUCUACAUCUCUUUGCAUCGUCACGAUGAUGGAAACUUCUUCCCUGGCAGCGGGGCUGCUGACGAGGUUGGUGCUGGCCCUGGUGAGGGAUUUAAUGUCAACGUAGCCUGGACUGGAGGGCUUGACCCCCCCAUGGGUGACCCUGAGUAUCUGGCGGCUUUCAGGACGGUGGUGAUGCCGAUUGCGCAUGAGUUCUCCCCCGACGUGGUGCUGGUAUCGGCUGGCUUCGAUGCAGCCGACGGCCACCCACCACCCCUGGGUGGCUACAAAGUCUCUGCUAAAUGUUUUGGCUACAUGACGAAGCAGCUGAUGAGCCUGGCCGGGGGAGCCAUCGUCCUGGCACUGGAAGGCGGCCACGACCUCACGGCCAUCUGCGAUGCGUCCGAAGCCUGCGUGUCAGCCUUGCUGGGCAACGAGCUGGAUCCUCUUCCAGAAGAAAGCAUGCGGCAGAAGCCCAAUGCCAACGCCGUGCGCUCCUUGGAAGCGGUGAUCCAGGUCCAGAGUAAAUACUGGGUGGCCGUGCAGCGCUUUGCCUCCAAACUGGGCUGCUCCUUCCUGGAGGCUCAGCACCACGAGGCAGAAGAGGUGGAGACGGUCACGGCCUUGGCCUCCCUCUCGGUGGCUGUGAUGGUGGAGAAGAGGCCACAAGACGAGCCUAUGGAGGAGGAGGAGCCCAUGAACCAGUGAUGAGCGGUGAUGUUCUCUGCUCCCCUGCUUCCAGGACGUGGUUGGACUCUUCCCGAGCCCAGUGCUCGCUCUUCACUCCUGGCUUCCCAUUUGCCACUCACUCCCUGAGUCACGGUCCUGAAAGGGGCUGGACCUUUGGCUGCCACCUCUGCGGGGCGUCCAAGAAAGGAUGCUCCUGCAGCCACCCAGGAGACGGCCUCCUGCUCGGGACAGAUGGAAAACAACCACCUCCCUCGGCACGGCGCGGUGCUGCCACCCUGGACUGUGCCUGCAAUCAGUCCCCGACCUUCAGAACCCAAAAUGUCUCUUGGGGACGCGCAAGAGGCCACCACCCCUCUGCUGCAGACCUGCCCUUCUCCUGGGAUCUUCCUCACGCUUGGGGAACGGGUGGGUGUUGGUAUGGAUGUUGUGGCCGCGCCAUCAGAACUGCACCCGGAGCUCCUCUGCAGUCAGCCGUCCCUUGGGGAAGCAGCCCUGUGUCUUGCUUGAGAGGGACGGGCUCUCCAAGGCCUCCUCAGUGCUCCUCUUCCUCUCCGGUAGGGCACAAGAUGGGAGGGAGCGUGCCAGUGCCGUGGGCUGCGACCUCGUGCUGCACGAGAAGCGUUUGGAAAGCGUUGGAUGAUGCACCCAUUGCUUUGCAGCUGGGGAAGAGCAAGGGCCAGAGUGCCCGCAGCGCCCGGGAUUGCACCCGUGGGACAUCCUAACCACUAGCCAGAGAGCGAAGCCUCUGGGGCCGGGGCUCUGAUUUUGCACUAUAUACAUAUGAGAUGUGCUAAUGUGAACCUUACGUACUCUUCUUCCCACGGGAAUUUUGGGGAACAAACCCCUCGUCGUGUGGACGUCACCCAGGUGCCUUGAGCCCUUUUCCAGCGACCCGCUGGCCUGAGGAUCUGUGUGUCCCUGCAGACCCCGGCUGUCUUCCCCUGUCCCCUUGGAGUAAGUGGCACCUGGUGCCCACCCUCCUCUGGCUGCACCCACUUGGGCUCCCGUUCUCCAGCUGAGAUCAGAUCGAGUCUUGGUCGCCCUCUGCUUGGAGCUCAGCUCCCCAGGGACCCCCCGAAGUUCCUGUCCCCGUCUGGGUUGUAUUGGGAUGACAGAGGUGGGGUCAGCCCUCCCCAAACGCUGUGUCCAUCCGGAUUUGCCUUCUUUCCCCUCUCAUCGUACUACAACAGAGCAUCCUCACUCCAAGAACCUCAUCCUUCCCUGUGUCCCCCCCCCCCCACCCCACCUUGGGCUCUGGGUGUCACAGCUGGAGAGGAGGGGAUGGACAGGGUGCAGAGCUCAGGGGGGGCUGCCAGGCUCCAUCUGCAGGCACAGGGAGGAAAUUUUGUAUAAAAAAAAAGGAAAAAAAAGGAAAAAAAAAAACCAAACAAACAGACCUUGGAAGAAUAAACAUGUAUGUGUCUCAAA